AUGCAAACUGCUGUCAUCAAUCCGUCGUUUCCCGGCAAGGGUGGGACCGGCGUUAACGUUGAUGAUUUGAUCAUACGAAUAUUGAGUGUUGCCACGCCCGGAUUUUCACUUGUUAGUAGCGUCAAAGAAGGCGAGCUGAUGAAUCUAUGUACGAUAGCUAGGCAAGUAUUUCUCAGUCAAGCAUCUUUGAUUGAUCUAAAACCUCCUGUCAAAAUAUGUGGAGAUAUUCAUGGACAAUAUGCAGAUGUUUUGCGUUUACUUGAUCGUUCUGGAUUUCCACCCUUUGUCAACUAUCUCUUUUUGGGUGAUUAUGUGGAUCGAGGACAACAAAACCUGGAAUGCAUCGCAUUGUUCUUUUGUUACAAGAUCAAGUAUCCAGGAAAUUUCUUCAUACUACGCGGAAAUCAUGAAUGUUCCCCCAUAAAUCGCGUUUAUGGAUUUUUCGAAGAGUGCAAUCGGCGCUAUCAAAGCACUAGAUUAUGGUUACAAUUCCAGGACGCAUUUGCCACUUUGCCUUUCACGGCACUGAUUUCUGGGAAGAUUCUCUGCAUGCAUGGAGGAUUGUCACCGAAGUUAAAAUCUUUGGAACAAUUGCGGCAAAUAACACGCCCCAUCGACCCACCCAAUCCCUCGCUUCACAUAGAUCUACUUUGGAGUGAUCCUGAUAACUACAUCAAAGGAUGGGCCUCAAAUUCGCGUGGUGUGUCGUAUGUCUUUGGACCAGAUGUAGUAUAUGAAAUGAGUCGCGGUUUGAAUAUCGAACUAGUAGCCAGAGCACAUCAGGUGGUACAAGACGGGUACGAGUUUUUUGCUAACCGUAGAUUGGUCACAAUAUUUUCCGCUCCACAUUAUUGCGGUCAGUUCGACAAUGCGGCAGCUGUCAUGAAUGUUGACGAGAACUUGUUGUGCUCGUUCAGAAUUCUGCGACCGACCCUGAGGGCCUGCAAAGUGCUAAAGAGAUAGAAAACGUGGAGAAAACGGGCUGAAAUAACUUAUUCAUACG